AUGAUCUCAGGAAUACAUGCACAGGCGCUUUUCAAGCGAUAUGAGCAAUUAAAGCUCAUUGAAUUAAGCAAAAAUGAUCUUAUUGAGGAUCUAUUGCGACGGGUAAGCGAGCUCGAAGACGCAUACCAUCAAGUUAAAAUCGAACACGAGCGUGAAGUCCGAUAUAACCGAGAUAUACAGCUCCAUGAGAUGGAGUUGAUGGAGCAGAUCAAACGUGUUAAAAAGAUAAUGGAUCGUGAGCCGUUUGUUAUUGUUCUCCUUGAUGGCGACAAGACGCUAUUCCUCGAUCAAUAUGUCCGCGCUGGAGAGCAAGGCGGAAAAGAUGCUGCGAAUAAGCUGGCUACAGAUAUGGGUGCAUAUCUCUCAGAGAAUCUCCCCAACGUCGCUUCACCGAAGAUAGUCGUUCGUAUUUUCGCAAACUUGAGAGGCCUUGGUAAUACCUAUCACCAAGCCGGCAUAAUCGAUAAGACAUCAGUGAUGGAAGACUUUGUGCGAGGAUUUAAUGAGAGCGGCCUGCUUUUCGACUUUGUUGAUGUUGGACAGGCGAAGACUAGUGCAGAGGAUAAGAUCUCAGAAACUUUAAAACUCAAUAUCUAUAGCUGUCACUGCCACCAGGUUUAUCUCGGGUGUUCUCAUACUAACAGCUAUACUCAGCUCCUGCAAGAAACAAUGGAGGAUAUCGACCUUACAGGGCGAGUUUCUUUGAUUGAGAGCAUUCCUGCAGAAAAGGAACUGGAUGAUUUGAAGGCUUCUUUCCGUGUUGCCAGGUUUUCAGAUGUCUUUCGCGAUACCAAGAUAUCUUCAAGCCCCAUCGCAUCAGUGAAGACGCCAAUCAAGGCCCAGAGCGCAAUGUUGUCGCCUCACCCAAGAUCUGCUUCUUUGACACGGACAUCGACAAAUACCUCGACGAGCUCUGCUACUCCGACAUCUUGGUCAUCGUGGGCUUCAGUAACUGCAUCAAAUCCCGGCGACGUGACUCUUCAGUCCCUAAAGCCUGCUAGUGCUGCGGCAACAAAGACACCUGUUGUCGAAAGAAAUAAGCUUGGGCAGCGGAUUGAUCGCAUGGAUUUCAAGUCUGUCUCCAAGGAGGAAUUGAGUCGGAUCAAGAAGAUGAAACUCUGCAACCUUUAUUACUUGCUUGGAGAAUGUCCGAAUACCAACUGCUAUCACGAUCACGAUUACAAACUCUCCAAAGAGGAAAAGGACGUUCUACGUGCUGUCGCUCGCAUGACUCCUUGUCAUUUUGGAAUGACCUGCGAUGACCCGAAGUGUAUCUAUGGGCACCGUUGUCCUCAGAGUGAAGUUGGAAAGAAAGAGUGUCAUUGGGGCAGCAGCUGUCGCUUCGAGCCUGCACAACAUGGAAUUGAUCUGAACGUGGUCAAAGUCACCAAGAUCUAA